AUGGUGAAGGAAACAGCAAGAAGUUGUUCGCGUUGUGGCGUCAGUGGCCAUAACUUAAGAACUUGUAAUGAAAAGGUCUGCGUUAAACUCUUUGGUGUCUAUAUUUCUGUUCAUCCUGAGAGAGAUGAAGCUGAUCAACAACCAUAUGAAAGGAAAAAGGGAAAGCCUUGGACGGAGGAAGAACACCAACGCUUCUUAACAGCGUUGAAUAUUGUCGGAAGAGGAAAUUGGAAAAAGAUUUCAAUGGAAUAUCUGCACACUAAAACCCCAACGCAAAUCGCUAGCCAUGCUCAGAAGUAUUUUCUCAGGCAAGCUUUAGCUGAUAAAAAGAAUCGUACAUCAAGCAUGUUCGAUUUGCCUCUCCAUGAAUCUCCUGGGAGCACAUCAAAUAACCAGAUGGAAAAAGAAUUCUCACGUUGCUACAUUGAAUCCCUCAUGAGAAUUCCACACUAUGGCGGGAUUCCAUGUAUGGGAACAAGUAAUGUGCCAUCUCUCUCUUUCUUAGAAGCAAUGAAGUACUAUCCGAUUUAUAUGUCAAGGUGUAACGCCUCUCAUUAUUAUAACGCUUGUAGUGCUUCACCAAUGCCAAUGUCAUCCCAAGCUCUAGAAGCAAGAGAUGAUGAUUCUCUGGACCUUCAAAUUGGACUGCCUCAAUGCCCCCGUCAAUAG